AUGACAAGUAGAGAGUCUGAAUUAGCAGCUAGAUACAAGAAUCGAAUUCAAAACAUCGUUAAAAUCUUAGGAGAUAUCUUUGGGUAUGAAAUUACCAUCCAGGGAAACCGAAUUCUGUUACGGUCUCUCUUUGCCUUUGAUGAAGAGGAUAUUAUUACUUUGCUGAUAAGUGAAACAGGCAAGAUUGCAGUUGAGGGAAGUCCAUUCGUUAAGAAGAUGGACAAAGAGAAGAAUAUCUAUCUAGAUAAAGGAGGGUCUAUUUCUGCCUUCCUUUCAGCCAUUACUCUAACUCUCUUCGACCAAAAGACCUUCCAGUAA